UAUGAACUUAAAAAUCAUAAAAGAAAAUAUUAUUUACACUUGUGAAUAAUAAAAGAUGAGUAAUCCCACUGUGGAACAAGUGGAUACACUCCUAACAUUCCUACCAGAGCACCAGGAGUUAGCUCGUGGCCACUAUAGAAAUGCAGAAGGGCGAACAAGAUCCACCCAAUUAUGGGUUCGUCUCACAGACGAACUCAAUGCAUUGGGUGGAUGCACUAAAACUAUAAAGCAGUGGCAGAAGGUAUGGGCUGACAAAAAAUAUCUAACUAAAAAAGCUGCUGCUGCUGCUCGAAGGUCUGCCACAGCCACUGGAGGAGGGCCAUCAUCUGCUGAGCCUUUAAACCCAAUACAGAGCAGAAUAUUGAGUAUUAUGGGAGAGGGCUUUGGAGAACCUCAGUCGGAUGCACGUGUUCCUGCAUUUCCAGAGGUGCCCAGCUCAGCAGAUGAAACUCCAUUAGAGAUUCAAAAUAUAGAGCAGCAGCAGCAGCAAAAUCCUCAGCAAAUGAUGCAACAUCACGGGUUCAUAUUUUCUAAUGCAUAAAUAUAAUUAAGACAAGUUGCCUUAGUUAUAUUUGUACAUUUUCAAAACAUU